CCCGCACGCAAAAGCAACGCGAAGCGAAGACUGCUUGGAUUAAAAGGGAAUUUUCUCUGAAAACUAAACCACUUGCCAAAACACCAAUCCCUCGCUGCCGCCGCCGCCGACGACCCUGACUCCGGCGCCAUCCAUGGCCGGACAGCGCCGCGGGGGGCGGCACCUCCUAGUGGGGGCCCUCCUCCUGGCCCUGGUCGUCUCGGCCCACUGCCUGGACUCGCACCACGGCCGCGGGCUGAAGCGGCGCCGCCGGAAGCACGAGAUCCACUCGCCGAUCAAGACGGUGGUGGUGGUCGUCAUGGAGAACCGCAGCUUCGACCACGUCCUGGGCUGGCUCCGCGGCCAGCGCCCCGACAUCGACGGCCUCACGGGCAAGGAGUCCAACCGCCUCAACGCCUCCGACCCGUCCUCCCCCGAGAUCUUCGUCACCGACAAGGCCGGGUACGUCGACUCCGACCCCGGCCACGGCUUCGAGGACAUCCGCGAGCAGAUCUUCGGCUCCGCCGACACCUCCGCCGUGCCGCCCCCCAUGUCCGGCUUCGCCCAGAACGCGCGCGGCAUGGGCCUCGGCAUGCCGCAGAACGUCAUGAGCGGCUUCACGCCGGACUCCGUCCCCGUCUACGCCUCGCUCGCUGAAGAGUUCGCUGUAUUCGACCGCUGGUUCGCCUCCGUGCCCACCUCCACGCAGCCCAACCGCCUCUUCGUCCACUCGGCGACCUCCCACGGCCUCACCUUCAACGCGCGCAAGGACCUCAUUAAUGGAUUCCCCCAGAAGACCAUCUUCGAUAGCCUCGAGGAGAACGGCCUGUCCUUCGGCAUCUACUACCAGAACAUCCCGGCCACGCUCUUCUACCAGAGCCUUCGCCGGCUCAAGCACCUUGUCAAGUUCCACCAAUACAGCCUCAAGUUCAAGCUGGACGCAUGGCGGGGGAAGCUCCCGAAUUAUGCGGUGAUUGAGCAGAGGUACUUUGAUUGCAAGGAGUUCCCGGCAAACGAUGACCAUCCAUCGCAUGAUGUUGCGAGGGGGCAGAGGUUUGUCAAGGAAGUCUACGAGACACUGCGAGCGAGCCCACAGUGGAAUGAGACGGCUCUGAUCAUCACCUAUGAUGAGCAUGGUGGGUUCUAUGACCAUGUUCCCACACCGGUAGUCGGAGUGCCCCAGCCUGAUGGGAUUGUUGGCCCUGACCCUUACUACUUCAAAUUUGAGCGGCUCGGGGUGCGUGUGCCCAGCUUCCUCAUCUCGCCGUGGAUUGAGAAGGGCACUGUGAUCCAUGAACCAAAUGGUCCGACGCCAACCUCACAAUAUGAACAUUCAUCCAUUCCUGCAACAGUAAAGAAGCUAUUUGGUUUACAUUCUAACUUCCUGACAAAGAGGGAUGCAUGGGCAGGGACCUUUGAGAAUUACUUCAAAAUUCGAAAAACACCAAGAACUGAUUGUCCAGAGAAACUCCCAGAGGUCUUAAAGUCUCUGCGACCAUUUGGCCCUGAUGAAGAUAAAUCUCUCUCGGAAUUUCAAGUCGAGUUGAUUCAACUUGCCUCUCAGCUAAAUGGUGAUCAUGUACUCAACACCUAUCCAGAUAUUGGCAAGACAAUGACUGUAGUGGAAGCAAACCGCUAUGCAGAGGAUGCUGUCGCUAGAUUCCUGGAAGCUGGAAGGAUUGCUCUUAGGGCUGGUGCAAACGAAUCUGCUCUGGUGACAAUGAGGCCUGCACUCACCAGCAGAGCCGCAAUGUCCACUGGUUUAUCAGCUGAACUCUGAUGGAUGUUCUGGAUUUGGCCCACAAAAUUCUGCAUCAUGAUUUGCAUUCUAUCAGCUGCAGUCUGAUGUAAUGGAUAGGUUUUAAAGAUGGUUUUGUACAUAGACACCAUGAUACUUCAUAUCUGAAGCUUACUCCAGCGGGUCCCCGUGCUGAGAUAUCAGCUCAGGAGUAUCAUCACCCAACAUACCACUACCAGACACGAGCCAAAGAUCCCCUUCUGGGAUAAGCUGUAACUGGAAUUUGUAAUCUAUGGUUGGGAAAUUGUACCAAUUCAGCUCUCUACUACCUGCUUGUAAAGCAGGUGAACUGCACCUCUAGAGUAUUGUAUGAUGUAUUGAUGCGACUUAAAACGAUCUUUCUCGCUAUAGUGCUUUUGAAGGAUUUGAACUGUAUGCAUCUUUUAUGUACAUUUCCUACCCAUCGGGCAUUAUGAUAUGUUCUCAAUCUGCA